GUUUGAGACGAUUCAAUCGAAUGCGAAUGUCUGUUUCACAUGUUAGAUCUGAGGCGUUUGAGAUUCGUUGGAAGACAAUUUUCUGUGAAUGUGAAUAAGUGAAUUGGAGUGCUAUGUUUGUUUCCCGUAUCGUUCUCUAGGGUUCGGUUGGUUUGGGAUUAGCAAAGGAAAUUUUUGUGUCUUGCAAAUUUUUUAGUAGAAUUUGUUGCUGCAACUGCAGAAGCAUGGCUUGAAGGCAGCAAGAGAUCAGAAGGGAAAGUGCGCCGAGAGGAGAGUUGCCAAGAGGAUGCCGUUGGGGAAAUACUACUGCGAUUACUGCGACAAGCAGUUCCAGGACACCCCCGCCGCCCGGAAGCGCCACCUGCAGGGCACCCAGCACCAGCGCGCCCGCGCCCUCUGGUACGACUCCGUCCGCCACCAAGACCAGCACGGCGGCGCUUCCUCCCUCCUCCUGCCGGACGGCACCCUCGCCAAGGGCGUCUGCCACCACUUCGUCCGCACGGGGACUUGCAAGUAUGGGGAUUCAUGUAGAUACUUCCAUCCCAAGCCAGAUGUUGCUAAUCCAUCGUUAGCUGCACCAGGGCCUGGGCCUGGAACCAUGGUGCAGCAGUCUAAUUUUCUUGGCAGCCAACCCAAUUUUGUUGGAUACCAGGCAGCUGAACGAAAUUCUUUCUCAGGGAAUGUAUCCGGGGCCCACACCUCCUGGUCCUGGGGCAACCUACCGCCGUCGCUGCAACCCCCUCCUGAAGUCGGCUAUCCCCCCCUUCCUUUUGUCGACUGGGGCUGAAGGAGCUUCGCCCCAUGCUCAACACCGGUUGCUUAAUGCUAAAACGCCUAUGUUCGGUAUCGGUACAUGGUAGAGCGAAGGGGAUCCCAGCUCCAAGUUCCAACCGCAGAGCAUGCCUGUACGUCAUUUGGAUACUGUGUCCCGUGGGGUUCUUCUGGCAGCUGGGAAGUUGCCAUCCAUGUACAAGUAGCACUUGUUGAGCUUAGGUGGUGCACAGCACCUGGCUUUCUCAGAAGAUUUUGUAGGAGUAUGACGCUGUCUUUGCUGUGUUGGUUAUUAUAGCACCGUUGUUGUGCCGCCUUCUUGCUCA